GCGAGGCUCUGUGGCAGCGAGAAGAGGAGGAAAAAAAAGGAGGAGGGGCUGUGGUGAGCUGGUGGGCUUCCUCUGCCUCACAGACACAUUUUAUUGACUUGCUAAUUGGAUGAGGCACUCGGAGGAGAGGAUGCGGUGAACGAGAAGAGCUGCUCUCUAGAGGAGGGAUACAGGCACAAGGAGGCAUUGCUCGGGUUGCGUAAAUCCGGCCACUUCAUCUCUCUCUUUUUUUAAUUUUCUGGAGACAUAACAACAGAUGUUUUUCAGAAUCUCCCAGUGACCUGCACACCGUGCAUACAUAAUUGUAUGCAUGACAUUGUCGAACGGAGGCUCCAGCUGCCAGACGCUUCGUGACAAGUGAAUGAUUUCCAUUUUGAUAUUUUUGCACCCUGUUCUCUUUCAACAGUUUUUUUUCUCUUGGACUCAUCAGCUGGAGCUCUUUUUUUUUUCUCAGCCUUGUUUGAUGUGCCAUUUGAUAUGAAUGGUUAUCAGAUGGCGAGGUAAAUUCUUCAUCAAAUCAAAUGUGCAAGGAACUGUGCAAUGGAUAUUCUUGGGGAAAAAUGAAGUCUUAUCCUGGUUGCCAUGACUGAGGUGAGCAGGUCUGGCUAGGUCAGAGAGCAGGUGCCACUGUGCUGAAGUCUGCUGUCCCAAUGAGCAAGGCGGGCAACCCACAGAGACGCACCACCUACCUCAUUUCCCUCACUCUGGUGAAGGUUGAGGCUGUGCCAGAGGAUGUAGCCGAGAACCAGAAGGAGGCUCUUCCAGAGGGGGAAGGGAGCCCUAAGAAGGAAGAGGAGGAGGAGCAGGAGGAGGAGGAGAAAGAGGUGAGCAAUGCCCCUGAAAAGGAGGAAGGACCUGUAUGUACACAAGUGGUGGGGAAAGAAAACACACAGGUGGAAGAAGAAGUGGAACAGGUGCCGGUCAAGUAUGGCAGCCCCACUGAGAACUGGGGGAAGCCUGAGAGGAGGGAAACUCAUGGACACCAAAAAGACCUUGUAACCGUCUGUAAAAGCAAAGACGCUUCUUCUUCUUUUGUACACGCACCUGUUAGGCAAAUGGUCAAAGUGUAUGGAGGGACUACUUCCGAGGGAACUGUGCGCAGAGAGGGGCCUCGCUCAGAUGCCUUGCGCCCUAAGACGGAGCUCUACAGAGAGCCCCCCAUGCUGUUCCUAAAGGGGGAAAAUGGAGCAGACCUGAACAGCCGCUCACGUUGCAGCCUCCCUUUUUCCAUCCCGCCGCAGGUCAGCCAGCGUCCCGAAGUCCUCAUGAGGUCACAUGCAGGAGGCAACUCUGCAUGCUGGAGGGAACUCAGAGAGGCCAAUACAAGCCUGUAUCACUCUGCUAAGACUUUGGAUCGAAGGGAUAACCGUAUCGGGGACCAGUCCCCCUUAAUGGCAGCUACAACUCUAGGGCCUUACAGGGCGUCCUGGGCUGACAGCGAUGGAAGGGGCACUCUCAUUCGCCCCGGAGCUCCCAUCAGUGGUGGAUUUUCAGGCAUAAUGACCAGAGACAGCCCUCAGGGGGAGAGAUUUAAGACGGUUUCUAUUUCCUUUCCUGCACCUCCUGCCACCGAUGCGUCCAGGCCUCAGAGAAAAGGUACAAGUCGUACCCUGGACAACAGCGACCUACAUUCCCUCUCCGAGGAUCUGAAGAAAGGGAAGGAGAGCCAGGGAGGAACAAUCCAGCGAGCUCCUCCCCGUGACCGAAAGAUGCUCAAGUUCAUUAGUGGCAUUUUCACCAAAAGUACAGCGGCGCCGCCCAGUGUCAACACUGCACCUCCCCUCUAUCCAGCUGUGGAAAGGGGCUCCAGUGAGGAGGAAGCUGCCUGCACCAGCAGUCAAGAAUGGACCAUGAGCCAUACUGUUCAAGAGCUUCACCUGGGUGUUUUAGGAGGUCUGUGCAGUGGAAAGUCUGCUCUGGUACACAGACACCUGACAGGAAGUUACCUGCAGCUUGAAAACGCUGAGGGGCGCCAGUACAUUAAGGAUGUCCUGGUUGACGGACAGAGCCAUGUGUUGAUAAUCAGAGAAGAGACAGAGCUCCCAGGUGCUCAGUUUGCAAGUUGGGUGGAUGCAGUUAUCUUGGUCUUCAGUUUGGAAAAUGAGGCCAGCUUCCAGGAAGUUUACAAAAUCUAUCACCAGCUCGCUGUCCAUCGGCCUGUUUCUGAGAUACCUUUCAUUGUAGUCGGCACUCAGGAUAAGAUAAGCAGUACCAACCCUAGAGUCAUAGAUGAUGCCAGGGCCAGGCAGCUUUGUUCCGACGUGCGGCGCUGCACUUACUAUGAAACUUGUGCGACAUAUGGCCUCAAUGUGAACAGAGUCUUCACUGACGCUGCUCAGAAGAUCAUGGCAGCCAAGAAGCAAGCUGCUCUACUGGCUUCCUGUAAAUCUCUCCCAAACUCUCCCAGUCACUCUGGAGGCUCCACCCCAGUGUCGGGUGUGUUUCCAGGACAGGCCAGUAACGGUGGUCAGAGCAGUGAUUACUCCUCAUCACUUCCCUCCACUCCUGUUAUCAGCCAUAAAGAGAUUGGCCGGACAGCAAGAGGAGACAAACAGGAAAGUGCGACACCCGGGUCUGUCCGCAGUGCCACCCGGAGACGUACCUCCCGAUUUGCGGGCCGGAGAGGCAGCGACUCAAACAGAAGGAGUGCAGAUUGUAAGGGCGAUCUGGGCAGCGGACGCUCCAUUCCCAUCAAACAGGGCAUCUUGCUGAAGCGCAGCGGGAACUCGCUCAACAAAGAGUGGAAGAAGAAGUAUGUGACACUGUCCAACGACGGCAUACUGUCCUACCACUCCAGUGUCAAUGACUACAUGCUGAAUGCCCCCGGGAAAGAGAUGGACCUGCUGCGAGUGACAGUGAAGGUGCCAGGAAAGCGACCACCUCGUGCUGUACCAACCUGCGGCCUUCCAGUCGGGCUUAACGGACGGGUCAAAGAUGUGCCAGGACCUGAGGGUGUCAGCCCAGUCCCUGUAAGCGCCAGCAGCCUCCUGCAAGUGGAGGAAAUGGAAGGGCUGGGUGGUGCACUGUUCCUGAGGAGUAACAGAGGCGUGCAGAGAUGUCCCUCUACACUAUCUAACCACGCUCAAAGUGUUGAUUCUGCAGUUGAGGGUGUGUCCAGCUCCUCCUCCACCAAAGACGUAGGCUCCUCCUCACCGGUGACAGACAGGAAGAAGCAUCGCAGAAAGAAGAGCAUGAACCAGAAAGGAGAUGCAACCAUUGGCCAAGCAGACGCCAAACGCAAAAUGUGGAAACUUAAAAGCUUUGGUAGCUUAAGAAACGUAAGCAAGGCAGAUGAGGAUAACUUUGACUUCCUCAUCGUGUCGAGCACCGGCCAGACUUGGCACUUUGAAGCUCAGAGUGUGGAGGAGAGGGACUCCUGGGUCCAAGCCAUUGAGAGCCAGAUCCUGGCCAGCCUGCAGCUGUGUGAGAGCAGCAAAAACAAGACUCGCAAGAACAGCCAGAGUGAAGCAGUGGCUCUGCAGGCAAUCCGCAACGCAAAGGGCAACAACUUCUGUGUUGACUGCGAUGCUCCAAAUCCAACCUGGGCCAGUCUGAACCUGGGUGCUCUCAUAUGCAUCGAGUGUUCAGGGAUCCACAGAAACUUGGGGACCCACCUGUCACGUGUUCGCUCUUUGGAUCUUGAUGAUCUGCCACGAGAGCUCACGCUGGUUCUCAGUGCCAUUGGCAACUACAUGGUCAACAGUACAUGGGAGGCGCGCACACUGGGCCGCCGUAAACCAGCACCUGAUGCUACACGUGAGGAACGGGAGUCGUGGAUCAGGGCCAAAUAUGAGCAAAAACUGUUUGUGGCGCCGUUGCCUCCCCCAACUCCUGGCGAAGGCCCAGACAUCACGCUUUCUGGCCGCCUUCUCUUGGCAGUGAUGGAGCACAACCUCCCCAAGCUGCUGCUCCUUUUGGCCCACUGCACUAAGGAGGACAUUAAUGCCCCUCUCAGCCUGGCGCUCUCCUCCAGGUCACUGUUGGCUCUGCGUCUGCCCGGCUCUGCCCUUGCAGCUGCCUGUCAGCAGGCUGAUGUGGUGAUGACGCAGCUUCUUGUUUGGUAUGGCUGUGAUGUGCGGUAUCGGGACGCUCAGGGGCAGACAGCGCUGGUCCUGGCUCGCAAUGCUGGCAGCCAGGAGUGUGUCGACAUCUUGCUUCAGCACGGUUGCCCAAACGAACAGGCCACCGCGGUCGGAUUUGCAGCAGCCACGACAUCCAGCUUCCCUGUUGCCAUGACGCCGAGUCUGACAGUUGCCACGACACUCAAGAUCUCGCACAAGAGCGGCAGCACCAGCUUGAGUUACAGCACGUCUAGAAGAGCAGUGUCAUAAUGGGAAUAUGGCGUGGUGAAGUGUGUGUGUGUGUGUGUGUGUGUGUGAGCUUUUCGCUUUGCCCCCAUAGUGCAGGACUGAUGCACAUGUUGCUGGAUGUUGCACUCCCUGAGGUUUCAAAGGGUGUGUGUGUGUGUGUGUGUGUGUGUGUGUGUGUGUGUGUGUGUGUGUGUGUGUGUUUGUCAGGGAUGAAAACACACACUGGUAAUUACACAGGCACAUUCAGUCUGCUAGAAUGAGUUAACCAAAACAAAACAAAAAAAUAAAUUUUCCUUUCUACACUUUCUACGUAGAAGGUAGGAUGGAAGAAGAGGACAGUACAGAUUUAAUAGGAAUGUAUUGCACUGUGUACCAGCUGGUAUGAUUCAUAUUUCAUCUUGCAGUCAAUAUUCAACUUUACUCUCCACUCAGCUAAGAAUGGAAAUGUUCCUUCGGCCUCAAACAAGCUUAUCUGAGCACGUAGAGCCCAGAAGUAAAGAACUGCAAUAAGUUUACGAUUUCAUAGAUGGAGGUCUCUGUUUUCAAGUCUCGCUCAAUCUGCUUGAAAUUCUUCUACACAUCCACACUUCUUACCUUUAUUGACAACGAAUGUCAGUUUUAAAAUCAGAGUGCAUAUACUGUGUUUACGUUCGACACAGCCGGUCGUUCAGUGCAUAAAUGAUGUUGUGUAAGUUGAGAAAAAAAAAAAGAAACCUUUACAGUGGCUGAAAAAGAGAGGCUGUUUUAAAGAUAAUCAAAAUAGCUGUAUAGAAAUGCAUUGAUAAAAUAUUAUAAUUCUAAAACUUUAAAAAAGUGCUUCAUUUUCGAGAUUGUUAUUGUAUGAUUUGUACAGUUGGUUCUGUGUAUAAAACUCAAAGGGUUACUGAUAGCUGUUCAGAGAUUUCCUGUACAGCGUCUUGGUUUGGUUUUUCCUUUAAUAACCACCUGAUUAACUCUUUGACACCCAAAACUGAGAUUUAUAUGUUAUGUUUGUAUCACUGUGUGUGACAUAGUACAUGAUGUGUGCAUUAUGACUCCAGCAGCAGCUCAUUAUCAAGGCCAGUGUUAUACUAGACGUUUAAAUGAACAAGUGAAAUGCCUUGAUUUUGAUUGAAUGUAUACAAAAACAGAUGGUUUGAAUUCAUUAUUUCAAACACUAACAUGUGUUUUUUAUUUAGAUGAUACAGUUUUGGUGGACAGUCAGGGUGUUUUUAUCUUUUACUUAACUAAUAUUAUUCCUGCUGUGACUAAUUAAAUAGUAUGGUUUAAUAGAUUAAAACUCGGUGAAGGUUCUGAUCUAUAAAAUUGAGCCUUCAAAUGACUAUGAUUAUAUUUGUAAGUGACUGAAAAUCAACAUGAAAUAGAGGAAUGUUGCCCAAUUUAAUAUUUUAAAAAAGACAUAAAAAACAACCCUCCUGCAGUACUGUAUGUAAUUUUUGUGUUAAUGCACCGCUGAGUGUACAUGUCUGUGAUGUAAGCAUCUCUCUCCAUUUGUAUUUUUUUACUCAUGCAAUGAUUCAUAGAGCAUUCAUUAUCAAUACACUAAGGCUACUGCCCAA